CUCACCAAAACUCCUUCGACCUCACCCCACAACCAUAGUAGCCACCGAACAUCUCCUUAACCUAACCUAUAACACCUCUCCAAGCUAUCCCAAGACACCCGACCUCCUAUGUCCGACCAUAAACUCUCUCCGUAGGACACACAAACAUAACUCAAACCAACAUCCACUUUCCACAACCGCAACAACUACCCUAGCCAAUAGAACCCUAACCAAAACAACUCGAACUAUGCUUAGUCUAAAACAGUCUAAAAACCCAAACCCUAUCACUAUCAUUAUUGACCUCAUCAACUUCGUAGUCAUCAUCAAUUCAUCCCAUUGUAGCCUCAUGGUUGUUCGAUCAUCUCGA